AUGAAUACUACACAGAAUGUCUUUUGUUCUUAUUGUAAUAGAAGAAUAAAAGGUAUUUCAUAUAAUCAUAUGUUAUGGAAAUCUUAUAAAAUAUGUAUUUUCUGCAAAAAUAAUUUAAAAUCAUGUUUUUCAUGUGAAAAAAAAAUAAAGAAAAAUAUUGAUAAGUUUGUUUGUUGCACUUGUGGUUCAACAAAUGAUAAUUUGUGUGAGGAAUGCAGGAAAUUACCUGUGAUUUGUUGCGACAAAAAUUUAUCAACUUUUAUAGCUGAAAUUUUAUAUUUUUUAGAUUAUUAUUUAGACAUAAUAAUACCCAGAGAUUUUAUUUUAUUUCAAAAUAUUUAUACUUUUAAUAAAAUUAAUUUUAAUGAAAUGAAUCACUGUUGCACUUUUGAAUUUGAUUCUAUUAAAAAUAAUAAAAUUGAUACUAGUAGUUAUUAUAUUAAUUUUGAAAAAAGAAAAUUAAAUAAUGAAAAUAGUUCACAAUAUCAUGUGAAAGAAAAUUAUUCAAACACGUCUUAUCAAUUAUAUGAUUCAUGUAUAUCCAACCUAAAAAACAAAAUUGUAACUGAUUUGGGAGAUGAAACAAGAAAAAAAAAAAAUGGUAUAAUAAGAAAUUUCUUCAGUAAACUAAAAAUUUUAAAAAAAAAGGAGAAAAACAACGAAAAUUACACAAAUGAAACAAAAUUAAUACAACAUGAUGAAAAAUCAAAACUUUUUACUUCUUUAAAAUCUACGAACAUACAAAAAGAAAAAUUAAAAAACAAAAAUGGUACAAAAAUUAUUAUCUUAAAAAAUGAAAAAUUAUCAAAUUUGAUUAAAAAAGAUGAAUUAACUAAUAGUUUCGUAUCUACUUCUAGAAAUAAUUUAAAUAAAAACGAAAAAAAGGAAAAUAUGACAAGUUCUAGAGGUUUGAGCUUACACAAUACAACAGAACCUCUUUUUGAAUAUUUGAAAAAAUUAAGAAGAAUUAAUAAAAGUAAAAGAAAAAGUUAUGAUAGUAUAUUUUCUACAAAUGAAAAUAACGAGGAAAUGAAUUAUAGCAAUAUAGAAGAAUAUAAAAUAAUAAUGGAAAAAUAUAAUUUAAAUUUUGUAUUAUAUUUUAUGAAUAGAUACAAUGAAAAUGAAAUGUAUACAAGAUUAUUAAAUAAUGAAUUGAAAUAUUAUGAUAUAUUAUAUCUUAAUAAUGUAUUUAAGAAUAAAUAUAAUGAAACAACAGUGGCAUCUUGCGGCUGUGUAACCAUUACAAAAAAAAAGUUACUUCAAAUGCACGAGCAAAAUAAACGUUUAUCUAAUUAUAAAUUUAACAAUAUAAAUUUAGAAUAUAUUUCCAUGUACUAUAACGAAAGCAUUAAAUUAAUAGAUCAUUUUUCAUUAACUGAUUCUUUACCAAAAAUAUCAUUCUUUUUUUUUAUAUCUCAUGAAUUAAUGCAUACGUAUUUGUGGGUUUCAAAACCUAAAAAAUCAAAGUAUUUUGAACAAAUAUACCAAAUUGUUAAAAAAUUACAUGAUAUGUCUUUUUUCGUUAAAAAACAAGAUAACUCCGAAUGCCACAAAAAUUUAUCUUUUUAUUUAUCUCCUGAAUUAGAAGAAGCUAUAUGUAUUUAUGUUUCAAUUGAAUUUAUUCAGCAUAUUAAGAAAGUUCUUAAUAAUUAUUCUAAAGAGAAUAUUUAUGAAAAAGAAUUAAUAAAUUAUUAUAUUCAAAAGUACGAGAAAAGUAAAUCUCUUAUGUAUGGUACUAAUUUUAGAGCAUUAAAAAAAAUAAUUCAUAAUUAUAAAAUUAAAGAUAUAAUAAAUAUUAUACAUGAUAUAUAUCUUUCAAAAUUUUAUCCUAUAAUCACCUUUGACUUACUAAAAGCUGUUAUUUCUUUAAUUAAUUUUAAACUUUAA